GGGGCAGUGCGCGUGAGUGAGAGCAGCGAGGAUCGCGGAGACUGCGCCGGCUGAGAGUUAGGAAACGUGGCCUUAAGAGAGAUUCCAGCUCAGCUCAAUGAGAAGCGCACUCAGCGGACACUCUCAGCGCAUCUGUAUUUCAGGCUCGCGGUGUUUAAAGGCGCGGAAACAUGGCUGAUGUGGAGCAGAACGCAGCCGGUAACGGGUCGGAUGCGGUGAACGGGACCGCGGUCCGCUUCGUGUCCAGCGCCGAGGGCACAGCGCUGGCGUACGGCAGCCUGCUGCUCAUGGCCCUGCUGCCCAUCUUCUUCGGAGCGCUCAAGUCCGUGGGCUGCUCCAAGAGCAAGAGUGCUUCAGAUAUGCCCGAGACCAUCACAAUAAUUUUCUCGCAAGAGUACAUUAACUUGCUGUUAUCCAUGUAUUUCUUCGUGCUGGGAAUAUUAGCGCUGUCUCACACAAUGAGUCCCUUUAUGUGCAGAGUUUUCCCUGCUAACGUGCCAAAUAAGCAGUACCAGCUGCUGUUCACCCAGGGCUCAGGAGAAAGCAAAGAGGAAAUCGUCAACUAUGAGUUUGACACGAAGGAUCUGAUAUGCCUGGUAAUCAGCAGUGUGGUAGGGGUCUGGUAUGUCCUCAAAAAGCAUUGGAUAGCCAAUAACCUGUUUGGUCUGGCUUUUGCCCUGAAUGGAGUUGAGUUGCUCCACCUCAAUAACGUCAGCACUGGAUGCAUCCUGCUGGGCGGUCUGUUCGUUUACGAUGUGUUCUGGGUUUUUGGCACCAAUGUUAUGGUGACAGUUGCCAAGUCCUUCGAAGCCCCAAUUAAGUUGGUUUUCCCACAAGACUUGCUGGAGAAAGGUUUGGAUGCCAGAAACUUUGCCAUGUUGGGACUGGGGGACAUUGUCAUUCCAGGAAUCUUCAUUGCUCUGCUCCUGCGCUUUGAUGUCAGUUUGAAGAAGAACACUCGAACUUACUUCUACACCAGUUUCCUGGCUUACAUCUUUGGCCUGGGUCUUACCAUAUUCGUUAUGCACACCUUUAAACACGCUCAGCCUGCUCUGCUGUACCUGGUCCCUGCUUGUGUUGGAUUUCCAGUGCUGCUGGCCCUGUUUAAAGGAGAUCUGACUGAGAUGUUCAGAUACGAAGAGUCUUUACCAGAGGAGGCGUCAUCGAAAGAGGAAGUAACAGAAUCUGAUAAAGACAAAUAAAAAUGCGGGUUGAGCCCUUAGUCAUGUCCUACAUUUGUUUGUCCUAGUGAUGUGGUCAUGUUCGGAGUCUGCUCAUGGCAGUCACAUGUUCUGUACUUUUGAACUUUAUUUUAAUGAUGUACAACAGCUUGCUCAGUGCCUGUGUAUUCUCCUUGUUCCUUUCAUUCAAUUCAUUGCCUUCAACUUUUGAAAAUUUGAUUGGUUAUUUGCUUUAAAAAUAUAUUUUUUUGUUAUCAUUAUAAUACAGUAUUUGAACAGUAGAAGUUAGGCUUUCUGAAUGUAAUGUGUCAGAUUGCUAUACAGAUUUAUUAAAAAUCUGAUGUCACAAGUCCGGUACCUACAGUAUUCCUGUGUAGCUGGUUUCUGUUAUUGUUUCACAAACUGAAUCUCUUAUGAGAUCCUAGAGUAAAACCAAGUAAUUGUCCAUCUUUUAUUACAUGAAGGGACAAAAUCAUUCUGGAUGAAAUAUUUUUACUUUAUGCAAGUGUAAACCAAAGUGGGACCAAAUAUCUCCCUAUAACGUGAUGGUAGUGUUUACAUGUGAAGUUUUUCUGUAUGUAGUUGAAGGGUUCUGAGUUUAGUUUUCUUUGCCAUAUCGUGUCCUGAUCAUAUUUGUUUGUACACCUCAUGCUUGGUAAGCAUAAUUUUACAGUCUCCUCUUGUAUAAUUUUUUUUUACUCAAUGUAAAAGUGUAAAAGUUUAAGCUUACGUGAGGAGCAUUUCUUUCUCAGUUUAACUUUUUAUUUGCAUUAAAAUGUGGUGUUUACCACUGUAGAAAAGCA